AUGGCACUUCCGGCUUCCAUGGAAGACGUCUUUCUCCAAGACGACCUUGGCCCGACCAUCGCUGAGCACGCAUUACAAUGCAGUCGUCUCUUCAAGAAAUACAUGGCUGUGCCGGAGAUUGCACCGGAUCCGACUUUGAUGGAUGAUCAGCUGGCACGCUUCACGCUGUGGGCAUCUAACAUGGAUGUCUUUGGGCCGCUCAACGUCUCGUUGGAUUACAGGCUCAGAUACAGUUCAACAGUCGUGGAGAUCAUCCAUCAGCUUUUGGACGUCAUUUGCAAUUCUUUGGCAUCUCUGAAGCCAAUCGACGAUCCACCCCAGACUCCGAGCAGGAAGAAACGGCGCAUAACAGAAACAGGUGAUGCGGAGGUUACAAAGAAGGUCGACAACAAUUCAAGCGAUUCGGACAGUGAUGAGGAUCAAGCACAAAAAAAUGUUUCAUUAAUCACCUAUACUAUUGGGGGAACGGUGACGCGGCUCUUCCGUUUGUCCAAUGCUAUUCGUAAAUCUGCGAAGGAUUCGAGAACGUGUAAGAUAGGGGGUUACAGAGAUGACGAAGAAGCAAACAAUGCCAUAGCCGAAUUGCGUCUUUACACGGAUUGCUACAUUCGUUUCCGAUUUCCUCAGGCACCGGAGGCUCUUCGCUCAGCAUUGGUCGAAGCCAAUGCGCUGCGACUCCGACGAUUGUAUUAUCAGAGAUCACACCGAAGGCGUAUUGCCUUGAGCACCCAGCGUACACAGGCGGACCCAAUGAGUAUCCAGCUGCCUAAGCUACCAGACAGCGCUCCAGCCGUACGUUUCGCCACAAGCGAGCCGCCAAAACCCAGGGUCAUUGACGAAAGGCCGAAACCAACCCGCCUUCCGCCAGUGCCCUUAACCUAUGCGAGUACUGCUCGGCAAACUGCUGUCAGAGCUCUGUACGCCGACUCCACGGUGGAGGUCUCUCGGGCUAAGUCUGUCCUAGUCAACAAUAAAUUAUCGUUCCCUUCAGUUCCAACGACAAGCGAGUGCCCAUACUGCGGAGUCAUUGUUGAAUUCAAGGGCCCCAAAAAGACAUCAAUGUGGAAUCUAACCGGCUUCAGCGACCAUGUCAUCAGAGAUCUAGAGCCAUUUAUAUGUGUUUUCGCUCACUGCAUGGACUCAAGCCAACAAGAGCCUGGUUCGUUGACAUUCGAAACAUCGAAAGCCUGGAUUAGCCACAUGCAGAACGCCCAUGGCUAUGCAUGGGAGUGCAGAGCCCCUUCCCACGACCCAGUUAUCUUUGGACAGGAGGUCGAAUUCCAGGAGCACGCUCGUGAUGAACAUGACGUCCCUGAGGCGCAUGUGGGGACGCUGAGCGGUGCAGCCCGGAGACCGGUUGUUGAAAAGAUUCUGGAGUGUCCCUUCGGGGAUGACUUCUCAGCCCCGGAAAAGGUCGAGUCAAACACUGUGUUUUUGAACGAGGCGCUUUAUCUACACGUCGCUGCUCAUAUGAAAGAAAUUGCUUUGCUCGCAUUGCAGAAGCUACCUAGCAAUGAUGACGAUGGCUCUGGAGAUGUAGCUAGCGACGCACCACUGGAAGAUGAUGAGUUUGCAAAGUUACGCGGAUCCAUGUACAGUGUACUUGAUGAUGAAGCUCUAGACUUCCUUGAUGAAACUGAAAACGGCGUCUCGAAAAUACUCGAAGAGAGCAUCAGUUCCUCUGUGUACAGGCUCGAUUUAGAGGACAGAGACGCAGCUGGAAUGACAAGGCUUCAUCGCGCCGUGUGGGACAACAAUUUGUACCUGGUCCAGUCCCUCAUUGGUCAAGGCGCAAAUUUACGCAGCAGAGCGAACCAAGGGAAGACAGUGUUACAUUACGCUUCCCUGAAUUCGUAUAGAAACGUAGAUAUGAUGAGUGUGCUGUUAGAUUCUGGAGCUAAUGAAAUCAUGAGUUUGAAAGAUGACAAUGGCCAGACACCCUUGCAUUGCGCUGCAAAAAAAGGCUUCACUGACGGGAUAAGAUUAUUGGUUGCUCACGAUGCCCCCAUAGAUACUCUUGACAACUAUGGGUUAUCUCCAUACCUUUGGGCUGUCAUUGCUGGGCAAUUUAGCGCAACUCAACUACUAUUGUCCCACGGCGUUGAUAUCAACUCCAUCAGUGCAGAUGGAAAAUCUGCGUUGGAGUGGGCAGCCAGUCUGGGCCACUCUUCAAUAAUCCGUUUACUUAUCGAUUAUGGAGAAGGCAUUAUGUCUACAACUCAAAAGACGCAAUUGUCUUUGGAAAAAGCGGCAGCGUGUGGUGACUUAUACGCGCUACGUAUGCUUCUUGAUUGCGGUGCAGAUCCAAACUAUCGUGAUCGCGAAGGAUGGUCCGCUAUACAUUGGGCGUCUGAGGAGGGCUAUUUAGAUGUUGUGCAUAUGCUGUUGGAGUUUGGAGCCGAUGUUAAUGCGAUCAGUUCUUAUGGUACUUCACCAUUGCAUUGUGCUGCGAAUGGAGGACAUGAUAUCAUUGUCAGAGAGCUUCUUCGAUAUGGAGCAAACCCUAACAAGUCAACAUGUCAUGGUUGGACUGCACUACACCAUGCCGCCUUCAUGGGAUAUCCCAGUGUCGUACAGACUCUCCAAAGAAUGGGAUCCAGUAUUUCCCAGGAUAAUCAUGGCUGGUCAGCCCUUCAUUUGGCAGUUCAUACGAGACACUUGGAAACUGUCAGAGUUUUACUUCACGGCUCUAUUACUUCAGAGCCGAGCCUCCAGUGCGAUGAGCGAGGUCUCACUGCAGAAGAGUGGCUGGAGUUUGAAUUCGACAGUCAUUUUUAUAAAACUAUCAGUAACUUAGCUUUCAGAAAAUCACGAUGUUGCAGGGCAGUAACAAAACUACGAGAAGCUGUUCAUAACAGCAACUUAGCCUUGACCGAAUUCCUCUUAGAGCAAGGAUUUUUGGUUAAUGACACAGAUUCGGGAAGAAGAACUGCACUCUACUACGCUGCGAGAAAGGGUCACAUUCCAAUCCUGAACAUCCUAUUAGAGAAGGGUGCAGAUCCCAACAUCCUUCCAACAGGACGCAGGACGUGGGAAGAAUUCAUUAUUGACGACACAGUACUACAACGACUCCGACAAGCCGGUUACACGAAGCCCAUUCCAAGUCCAGAAAUAGAUCACCAGAUAAGACUCUCCCUCCUAGAGCGAGGUGAAACCAACACUCUAGAUCGACCCGCGUCUCACCAGUCUCUAGCAACAACAUACAAAAAAGGUGAACCAAUUGGUAAAGCAGAGGAGCCACGCUCCCGCGUAGCGAAAAUCUGGAAACGGCUGCGAGGACAGUGA